UCCUUCCAUUUAUUUUUUAAAAUAUAAUAAGAAACCCUUUAUUUUUUGUUUCUUUUUUCUUUCUCCGAUCUCUGUUUUGCAGCUUAUAGAUUUCACCAUCAGCCUUUUCUCUUCCCCAGAUCUCUUACAUCAUCGAAACCAGAAUCCCAGAUGCUAUAGUCAGUUUGUUUUGUACAUCAGAGGAAGAUAGGAAGUAAAAAUGGUGAAGCUGACAAUGAUUGCCCGUGUCACUGAUGGCCUUCCACUAGCUGAGGGAUUGGAUGAUGGCCGUGACUUGAAAGAUAUUGAAAUAUACAAACAACAAGUGAAGGCUUUGUUUAAGAAUCUCACUACACGCCAAAAUGAGCCUUCAAGGUUGUCCAUUGAAACUGGUCCUUAUGUCUUCCAUUAUAUCAUUGAAGGACGUGUUUGUUACCUCACAAUGUGUGAUCGUUCUUAUCCUAAGAAGCUAGCAUUUCAGUAUUUGGAAGACCUGAAAAAUGAAUUUGAGCGUGUCAAUGGGGCACAGAUUGAAACAGCUGCUAGACCAUAUGCCUUCAUUAAAUUUGAUACUUUCAUAGAGAAAACAAAGAAAUUGUACCAGGACACCCGUACUCAGCGGAAUAUUGCAAAGUUGAAUGAUGAACUCUAUGAAGUUCACCAAAUAAUGACUCGCAAUGUGCAGGAAGUACUCGGUGUUGGUGAAAAACUAGACCAGGUCAGUGAAAUGUCCAGUCGGUUAACAUCAGAAUCUCGCAUAUAUGCUGACAAGGCAAGAGAUUUGAAUAGGCAGGCCUUAAUUAGAAAGUGGGCUCCUGUUGCUAUAGUGUUAGGAGUUGUUUUCCUCCUCUUCUGGGUUAAAACGAAGAUCUGGUGAUCCAGUUGCCUCUACGGUUUCUGAGAAUUGUUGCAUUAUUUUCCUGGGUUUCUCUACAUUGCUGUCAGUUACUUGUGUUCAUGGAGAAUCAUCUGAACUUAAAGGACUUCUGACUGGGGACUAGAUGGUCAUAAAGACUUAAAUCAUCUUUCAAGCUGGACUGUAGUUUUUGUUCAUGGGACACUCUGGUUAACAGGAUUUGUUCUUUAGGUAAGCUCCCAAUGACCAUUUGGAGAUGGGCAAGAGAGACCCUUUGGUUUACAAGGAGCAAAACUACAUUGGAUACAAGCAAAUUUCUAUAUUCUCAAUGCUUUAUAGAGGCUUUAUUGAUCUACAUGAUUAUGGCCAUAAGUAUGUGAUCUACAAUUACAUUUACACGCUUUCUGCAAAUUUUAUAUUACAUCAUGAUUUAUGUGUGCC